AAAAUAAUAAUACUGAUACAGAAACUGAUAAUGGUUCUACAAAAUCUUCAUCGAAAGAAGUUCUCAAUUACAUUGAACAUAUUCUUGGAUUUAAUGCUCAAACCAAAUCAUCACAAUCAAAUGAACCUGUACCAUCUCAAUCAAGAUUUAAUAUAAUUAAUAUUAGCAGUUUAAAUGCU